AUGACUACUUACGAGGACCGCCCGGGCCCCUUCACCCAACAGGUUAGAGGAGCCAUUCGAGCGAAUACAUCGAAACCACUGAAGAUUGACUAUACGGGAGUUGGAGACCCCUACCAGCAUCUACAGGCUUUCCGAUCGCAAACAAGCGCCAAGGGAUAUACGGAUGAAGUGUGUUGGAAUUUUAAGGAGUUAGCUGACAAGUUUGUAGCUCGAUUCAUCUUACGCACUGAUGGGAUACACACACCAAAGGGCCUGUUAAAGGUCCAACAGGGAGAAGAUGAAACUUUGAAGUCUUUUGUAAAUCGAUGGCAGGCGGCUACCGCUAAAUGCCGGGACCUUAAUAAGGAACUGGCUGAGCUGGCUUUCAGGAGGGGCUUAAGACGCAGAGAAUUUCUCUACGGGAUCAACCAUAAUCCUCCAGCUAACUACGACGAGCUGAUGGCCACUGCCAUUAGACAAGCCCAGGCUGAAUUCGAAACGUACGGGGACACCCCCAGACCAGAGCUAAGAUUUUCCACACCGGCCUCGACGGUCAGGGAUGAGCCACGAAAGAGGGAGUGGGUCCAUAGUCAUGACAGGUCACCCCAUACCUCGAACAAAAGAAGCAAAGAGUCCUCGUCCAGGUCUAACAGUUACGGGACCACUCACCCUCACAGGGAGCUGAGGGUACAGCAGGCCCCGCGGACACCACCACCACCCCGGUAUGAGGUGUUCACAAUCCUCAACGCUACAUACGAGACUAUUUGGAACGAAAACAAGGAUGAGAUACCGGGACCACCCCCAAGGAAGUUCCCGAAGAGUAAACUUACCCAGCAGGAUACCGGAAAAUUCUGCACUUAUCAUGAGGGUGCCGGACACAAUACCAAUCUCUGCGUUGCUUUAAAAAAUACAAUCGAGUCCCUCAUCUAG